AUGGGGUUGAUCUCCCUUUCGUUUCUCACCUUUGCUACUCUUCUCCUGGGCGUCGCCAUCAUGGUCUUCUUCCGGCGCAAAGAUGCGUCGGCUCUGGAGCCCAUCACCAAGAUGCUAUCAUCGACGGCGUUUAUCGGCUCGCAGACGGGAGGAGAGUCGGUCAUCAACUAUUCCUACACGGAUCUCCCGUGGACGUUGAUGAUGUGGGAUGUUUAUUAUUUCUUUCAUUAUCUCUGGGCCAUAUUCUAUGUUGUUUGGCCUGUGACGCCAACCGACUCGGCCGAGCUGUCUGAGCUGUCUUUUACCUAUGGCAACGUGCUAAGUUUGGCGGUCCAUUUGGUUCUGGUCGUUUUACAGCUGGCCUUCGUUGUUGCGUUGCCGUUUAUGAUCAUCUUGCCAGUGUGGACGGCGGUAGGGUCGAUUGCUGGCUUCAUGGGGGUCAACAAACUGCUGUGUGUGAUAUUGAAUGGCAGAGGAGGCCAGGUCGAGUAUCACAGUGAUCCAGAAUAUGCCGAGGCGAGAAAGGAGCAUGAGGGAGAGGUGUGGAUAUUUAUCAAUGGUGUUGCUGCUGGGGAACACUGGAUGAAGAGUAACUUGAAUCGUCUAGCUGUCACCUUCAAGCGGCCCAUCUUGGGUAUCCAUAACAAAACAGCGGGUAUACUUUUCGAUGUUGUAGAAUGCUGUAUCCAGCGAAACUGGCAGUGCAAGUAUGCCACUAAAGACGUCCGAGUCUGCUACCGCAUCAUCAAAGAAAAGCUCUACGAUCCUCAAAACACCAAAGUCGUCUUCAUCCUCCACUCUCAGGGUGGAAUCCAGGGCAGCUUGAUUAUCGACUGGCUGCUUCAAGAACUUCCCCAAGACAUUCUCUCCAAGCUGGAAGUCUACACUUUCGGUAACGCAGCCAACCACUUCAACAACCCCCACCGGCACGUCCGGUCCCAGAGAGCCGCCCUGAGAAACCCCCUGGCUGCCAAGACAGAUUCCACUCUGGAGGAGAAUGACGGGACAAUCACCAACGUCACCGACGACACAGCCCCAAAUGCCAAUGCCAAAGCCAAUCUCACUCCCGAACAACAAGAGGAAAAGAUCCCCUCUUUGACCUCCCUUGCCUCCUCAACAUGCUCGGCCCGCCCAUCCCAGCUCUCGGACCGCGCCAUCGGCCACAUCGAGCACUACGCCCACACAACCGACUUUGUCGCCUUAUGGGGCGUCCUCCACUUCACCACCUCCACACUCGACUCACCCACCAUGCCCAGAUUCAUAGGAAGAGUCUUUGCCCGGUCUAGCCCCCGCGGCGGUCACCAGUUUGUGCAGCACUAUCUCGAUGGGAUGUUCCCCCUCCAGCGCGACGCCAACGGGAAGCUCCUACGCGACAGCGACGGGAAAUUGGUUGGGUGUGUAGAAGAAGGGGAUAAUGAGUUCAUGGAGAGUGAGGUCAUCAUUGGGAAUGACGAGGGGGCUGAUAUUGAGGGGGAUCUGGAGGGGGAACAGGUGCAGAUUCAUAGUGUCAGUCCUACGAUCUUGAGGAAGAGGGCAACGUUUAGGCGGGAGGGGGUGGUGAAGAUGAGGGUCAGGGAGUUGAGUCGAUUGUGGCAGUACAGAGAUGGUGGGAGUCCGGAGGAGCGUAAGGAGAAGAGGAAUAGGGAGGUGAGGAAAGGGGUUACGAUCUGAGGUGGUUCUGAGGUGGGGUGGAUUUGGCAGCGUUAAUGAGCGA